AUGGAGCAGACCCCAGGAUCUGCUGUCAGUAGGGAGGCCUUUAUAAGCGAGCAGACCCCGGACAUCACGCCCCCAGGACCCCGCGUGCCCUGGAUCCGACAUUCCCCGGACGCCACGUCCCCUGGACGCCAUGCCCCAGGGGCCCUGCACCCCCUGGCCACUCGCCCCCGAGACCCCGCGCCCCGGGACCCCGCGCGCUCAGGACCCUACACCCCCGGGACCCCGCGCCCCUGGGCCCCGCCCCCGGCACCCCACGCCCCGCCCCCGCGGCGGCCCCCGCCCCGCCCCCGCCGGGACUCCGAGCCGGCGGCCAAGUUUCUUGGAACUUCGCCGCCCGUGACGCACGCGGUGGUGCAGGGCCCCGUCCUCUCGGCGCAGCCAAUGGGCGCCCGGGGGAGCCGGGGCGGCCGCCAAUCGGCGGCGGCUGGACAGUUCCCCGGUCCUGACCGACCUUCACCGCCCGGGGCGGGGGGUGGGGAUAAAAGGGCCCCGCGGCGGCGCGCGCCGCUCCCGCCUCCCGCCCCUCCACUGCGGCUGCGGCGGCCGCGGGCGGCGGCACCAGCGGAGAGGUGA